AUGCUGUCGAAUAAUAUGUACUGCGCGGAGCAAAUCCAGAUUCCUCCGGAUAUGCCCCCGAUAUUAAAGGCUUAUUCAAAAGAAAUAAUUCGCAAAAAUCCUGAAGAUAUUAUUGCCUUUUCGGUUCAAUAUUUCAAGGAUCGUCUUGAUGAUCCACCAGCUUCAUCUGCUGGCUAUCGUGUUACAUUAGAUGAUCUUCAUGGUCUUCAAGAACAACUUUCACAAGUUCUCAAAACACAAAACGAAUUAAAGCGCGCUGAUUACCAGCAAGCAUGUGAAGAUCAAGCUCUUUCUCCAGAUGUCUUAGCUAACAUUCUUCGUUUAGGUUUCGCUGAUCAGGAAGUUAUUGAUUUAUACGUUUUUAUGGGAAUUGCUGCUGCAUUAGUUUCAUCUAACUUCGAUAAGACUAUCUCUAAUUUAUUCCAGAUCUUCAAAGAUGAUCAGGGUCAGUCAAAGAUACCUACAAAGGAUCUUAUCAACGUUUUCAGUUUCUUAGCUUCCAAAGAUCCAACAAUUCCUGCUGAAAACUUACAGAAACUCAAGGAUGGCGCCACUGGAGAAUUUGUUGAUUAUGAAACUUACCAAAAGAUUUUUGCUAAGGAAGAAUAA